AUGCGACCUUUGAUUAUCGUAGCAAUUCUGGUGGUAAUCGGACUUAUUGUCCUGCGCCAGGCUUUCUACAUUGUGGACGAGACCGAGCAGGUUAUAAUCCUGCGCUUUAACGAGGUCAUCAACACCCAUCAGGCCCCAGGCCUGUACAUCAAGGCCCCCUUUGUGGAUAACGUGGUCACCUUCGAUAAGCGGAUCCUGCGGAUAGAUGCUCCAGCGGCUUCCAUGCCGGACAAGGAAAAGCAGAACCUGAUUAUCGACUCCUACGCCCGCUACCGCAUCGUUGACCCGGUGCAGUUCCGCAAGACCCUGCAAACGGAAAUCAAUGCCAGCAGCCGUUUGGGCGACAUCGUAACUUCAACUUUGCGUGACCGGGUGGCUUUGCGUGACCGCUUCGAAAUUAUUGGCUCCGAGCCGAUUGUCGACGAGCAGGGUAAUCCGGUGGAAGAUGAUGAGGGCCUGCCCCUGUUCGAAGGGCGCAACACCAGGAAUGAGAUUCUGGAUGAAGUGCUUGCCGGGGUAAAACAGCUUACCCAGGAACAGGACUUCGGCAUCGAAAUCAUCGACGUAAGAAUGAAACGGGCGGACUUCCCCGCAUCGGUAACGCCCAGCAUUUAUACCCGUAUGCGGGCGGAACGUAACCGGAUUGCCACCCGCUUCCGGGCUGAGGGUGAAGAGGAAGACCUGAAGAUUCGGGCUGUGGCCAACCGCAACCGGGAAGUUAUCCUGGCUACGGCAGACCAGGAAAGCAGCGAGAUACGGGGUAAAGGCGAAGCGGAGGCCAUCCGCAUCCUGGCCGAAGCGCUGAACCAGGAUCCUGAGUUCUUCGCUUUCCGCAGGAGCCUGCAAGCCUACACGGCAUUCCUUGGCUCCCAGGACAAGAUUGUCUUGUCCUCGGAGGCGGAAGUGUUCAAGUACCUGAUCAAUCCUGAAUAG